AACUAGUGAAAUUAAAAACAAGCAAGAGGUUCAUUUUCAAAGCGUGCUUUUGUCAAUUUUGUGAAAUUUUGUUCCUUUUCCUCCCAAAUGGUUCGCAGCAGAAGUCGUAGUCGUUCACCAGACUCCAAGAGAGGUAAUGUAUAGCUAUGAGGAAACUAUUUUAUGUGCCGAAAGUGGAAAUUUUUAUAGGCAAGAAUGCUUAGUCCAUGUUGUCAUAUAGUGUAUACCUCCCUCCCAAGCAUGUGUUGUUGUUUAAUAAAAAUCAAAAGUCCCCCUAUAUCCCAUCAUAAAGCAGAAUCACAGCUAGAUAUCAGUGUACACCACUCUCAUAUUUUGGUGAGACAUGGAUAAAAACAGCAAUCCUAUCAAAUUUAUAAGGUACAGUUAUAGAAUACCUAGUGUCCAUCAGGUCAUGCUUGUUACAUGACUAUGUGGCCACAAUACAUAGUUCUAUCGAAUUUUGUUGAAUAACUUGAAAUGGUCGGUCACCACGGUCUGGCUUAGGGAAGGGUUUGGAUAUGGGUCAGGCACUAAAUAAUUUGGGAUUUAUCUUUUCUACUGAACAACAUAAUUUGAAGUUUUGAAUUGGUCUGGUAUUCUAUAAUUGCUCCGGGGGUUGGAUGGUUGCCUCCCUAGUAACAGCUUACUGUUGAAGUUUACUCGUCAUGAGGAGAAUCUAGUGCACUUUUCUAAAAGUUUUUCUAUCCACAUAUUCACAAUAGUUGAAAGAAAGAGAUCACGUUCCCGAGAGAAAGAUGAUGACAGAUCCAAAGAUCCACCUAGAGACAAAGACAGAAGACGAGAUGAUUUUGGUAUUUGACUAAAUAUCCUCUUGACUUGGAAGUUUGCACUCCUGAGAGAUUUCAAAAAAUUAACAGUAAAUAAUAUAUAGGAAACAUCAAAAUUGCAUGCCUGAUAUCUUUGUUGCACAAUACAAACUUUCUAUAGUGGGACAUGGAUGUGAAAUUUAUAUAAAUAUAAAGACCAAAUGAUAAUAUCUGAGUGUAUUUCAUCUGACUAAAUCUUAAGAUUUAAAAUAAACUUGUUAUAAUAAACCUUGAAUGAUAUAGAACGACGCCGCAGUCGCUCACCACCAAGAAGACAUCGAUCAAGAUCUCCAAGACGAAGGUCAAGGUCGCCAAGAAGACCAAGAUCAAGGCAAGUUGUACUAUCAUCAUCAUUUCCCAUGUGGCGUGCAUGAUGCAUUGGGGUGCAUCCAGUGGCAGAAAUUUGCUUUUUCCAGGGGGGGGGGGCAAAGCCUCCUAAAUUUCCGACAAAACCUUCAAAUUUCCGACAAACCUCCCCAUUUGCACUCAAAAAGGUUGUUUUUAGCCCUCUUUUUACAGGUCAAAAUUUUCGAAAAUUCGUCAAUUUUCCUUAAAGGUUGGGGGUGGUCUCCCCCCCUGCCCCACCGAUAUUUCCGUCACUGGGUGCAUCUGUUCAAUCAGAUACAUACAUUUUUUACCCCGGUUUUCUGGUCUGUUGGCAAUCUACAUCCAACUGCUCUCAAACAUUUGUUCACAAGAAGUUCUCUUGUUAAAAAACUUAAAUAGUGCUGUUACAAAACACUAUUUAGUAAGUCUUGUAUAGUGAAAUUUGUGAUUUCAUGCCGCUUCUCAUUUGCUGGUUCAUAUAUCCAGCUUUGCUGCCCUUUGACUUGCCAGCAGUUAGUUGCUAGGGGAAAUACCUCAUAUUUAGUAAAUAGAUAGAUUUGCCAUCUUGAGUUUUGCACCACUGAAUUCCAAACUAUAAUUUCAGAUCCAGAUCUCCAAGAAGAAAGCCAUCUUUUAGGUACAACCAUGCUCAUUAUAUCUCACCUUUUCAUUUUUAUGUUAGACUUAUAAAGUGCUGUUCUGAAUGUAAGUUCUCAUUCCUUGCAAAUACCUGCGUAUUGAUUACUUAAUUCUGAUGUUUUAAUAGCGGUCGACCACAAGAUGACAGAGACAGAAGGGACAGACCUCGGUAAUGUGUUUUGAGGUCUUCCUUUUUUAACUACAGCAGGUUGCAAGCCUUUGCUCUUAUUCUACACUGCAUAUGACUAAGGUGACUUGAUUACUUUGUAUUGACAGAGAUGAUGAGAAAGGUGAAGCUAGUAUGGAAUUAGAAGAAGGUACAAUAUAUGUGUCCAAAUAUAAAAAGAACUAUAAUUCUAAUUUUCUAUUUCCUUUAUUUUAAUGUGUAAACACUGUAACUGUUUAGGGAACACUAACUGUGUCCAGGGCUACUUAUAGUAUACAUUCUAAAUAUUUCUAUGAAUAUAACAACAUGUGAAAUUUAAACAUUAAUUCCUUCUUCAAUUUUGUGUUUAUUUUUUAGAAGAGGAGCCAGAAGAUGAAGAAAGCAUUGAGAUGAAAAAAAUCAUGGGAUUUUCUAAAUUUGAUACAACAAAAGUAUGUUGUUGUGAAUUAGUAUUAAGGCCCGGUUUAGAUGGUGAACUUUUCAUGCUCCGAACCUAAAAAGUAUAAGACUAUAAAUCUCAUGUCACUGAAGUUGAUCUAAACUUUUCCCUUAAUUUUAUUUCAAUUUGACUUACCCUUGUAAAUGUAUUAUUUAAUGAUUUAAAAAAUCAUCGGCAUUAAAGGGAUGCUUGUACAGAUGGAUUACACUUAAUCCACCACAAUUCUACAUCUUUAGGGAAAGUUUACCACUGGAUCAGCAAAUACAAGCUAUGUAAAUAUAACCAAACCGAGAAAAUACAGGUAAAUAUUACAAUUUCAUUUAGCUGGGAGUAGAAUCUAUUGGUGUUCAUAUCCGCCAUCUGUGUUAACAUUUCUAAAGCUGACCACCAGGCCGACGGAAGCUGGAUAAUUCUCUCAACCUCAAUACCCAGGCUAUUUUCUUGCACACUCUGGUGCCAUGGCCACCUGCUCAGAAAAAGGCCCUGACUUAGUGAGUACAACUACAAGGAUGGAUAAUUCUAUCUGCCAGACCUUCUCGUCCCCAGAGCCAUUUUCACUCGUUGAAAAUUAGACUCUGGGUUAGACGACUGAAGGGAGAGAUCUGAUUGGCUUCUCAGAGAACUGCUAUUUCACAGAAGUUGAGCAGUUUUCAGUAGGCAAAAUUUUUCUAUCAAAAUAUGUCAACACAAAUACUUCGUUUCUUUGUAAUUCUUUACUGUGAAAAUUGUCACGGUAUAAAAUGUCCCAAACCAAGAGCAUGUGCUUUAGAAACUACUGCAAGUUUUCUUGCUCUUCCGGUUCUGUGUCCUAGCAAUCUCGUUCCCCGACCCUGCGAUCCUCGGGAAGGAACGCGAGGCUCUGGGAUAAUCCGUUUCAGGGAGGAAUCUGAUUGCCAUUGAAAUGGAAUGCGUAGUUCAAUCUUAGCCAGGAUUAUCCCAGAGCCUUCGGUUCCUUCCCAAUUAAAGGAUCGCAGGCUCGGGGAACGAGAUUGGUGUCCUAGGGCCUACGGAGGACGUGCGCGGCCGAGAGGCCCUGGGGACGAGGAUGUCCACCAGAUGGUGAUUUUUCUCAACUUUUCUAAAAUUGUUUGUUGGUUGGUAUAACCCGGAUUUAAACUUUAGUACUUGUAAGUUAAAGUUUCAGUUUUAUUAAUUGUAAUGUCCAUUUCCGAACUUUUCAAACAAUCUUACAGCGGUUGAAAAAAAUUACUAUCCUGCGGAUACUGGAUAGUACUACCUGGCCCCGGAUGCCAGGCCCGUUAAUUAUUUGAGGGUGUUGAUGGGGUAUACCGUGAGUCGUGAUUCAUUCAAUUUUGGGUACCGUUAGUCGUGAAAACACUAGAAAUUUAGCGUGAAUCGUGAGGGAAAAAACACUGUUUAUCGUUUCACAACACUUUUCAAAGAUUUACCGUUAAAAUACCGAAAUGUUACUUAUUGUUACCGUUAAAAUACGAAAAUGUUUACCGUUUACUGAUUUCAGAACACCCCCUCCCCCUACCUGGGCCCUCUUAUUUAUAUGACAUUGUGCAAUGUUUUCUUAUAGACAGUACAUGAACAGACGUGGAGGUUUCAACAGACCAUUGGACUAUGUCAACUAACUACAUAUUACAAUAUGUGAUAUCUCUCUAUGUAUAUAAAACUAUAUGCAUGCUUUCUAUUGGAUUUUAUUGAUUUCGUAAGAAGUAACUGAAACAUUUUUAGCGCGAUUGACAAUCUUUGUGAUGAAGAACAUGAGCACUAGACUACAGUUUAUGGCCAGUUAUUUAACAUCCUCAGUUCCAGGUUGAGAGACAAACUUGUAUUAGUGCAACAGACUGUCCUACCCAUUUCUCCAAUUUUUGGCUGUUUUCUUAAAAAAAAACCCAAUUCUAUAGUUCUUUGAGGGGCCAAUAAGCAAGCACAUUGUAUUUUAGAAAAAAAUCUAUAAAUUGACGGGGAGUGUUACGUUAAGUCGCUAGAGUUGAUGUUAUUUUCCUAAGCACCUAUAUUGCGCAUGAUAUACAGAUAAUUUACAUGUUACUUUGUUGUACCUUGAAAUGUAAAAUAGUUUGUUGGAAUAUCUGUAAAUGAACUUCAGUAUAAAGCAAAAACUUUACGUGUGAGGUUAUGAAUUUAUUUGUACAUGUAUGCAAGAUAUGGAGUGGUAAAUUACUCCAAAAAUCCUCGUAC